GAUCCCCUGUCUCCGCCGCCCGGCGGCCGGUGCAGACGGCAGUGGCCUCCCGGCGCUUACUAUGGCUCUUGGCUCGCUGCGCCCGAUGCUGCGGCUCCUCGUGCUGGGGCUCGGGCUGGGGCUGCUACGCGCCGCAACCGGGGAGCAGGCACCAGGCACCGCCCCCUGCUCUAGCGGCAGUUCCUGGAGCGCGGACCUGGACAAGUGCAUGGACUGUGCGUCGUGUCCCGCGCGACCGCACAGUGACUUCUGCCUGGGCUGCGCUUCGGCACCUCCCGCCCCCUUCCGUCUGCUUUGGCCCAUCCUGGGGGGUGCCCUGAGCCUGGCCCUGGUGCUGGCACUGCUUUCUGCCUUCCUGGUCUGGAGACGGUGCCGCAGGAGAGAGAAGUUUACCACCCCCAUAGAGGAGACUGGUGGAGAGGGCUGUCCAGGUGUGGCGCUGAUCCAGUGACUGAGCACCCCCACCGCCUGUGCGGCACUCACUCAAUCCGGUUCAUUCAUUUGUUCAUUCAUUCUGGAGCCAGCUCCUGCCUCCCAGACACAGGCCUAGCCAGGUUCCUCCAACCACAGGCGGGGCAGGCAGUGAAUCAUCCCUGAGGCCUGGGCCCAGGGUUCAGGAGAGCCUUCCAAGGAGUCUGAUUGCCCUAUGUCUGUCUGGUUCCAGGACAGAAAGGGAGCCUCAAGCUGGCUCACACUAAGAAACUGCAGCAUUUGCACAAGGGGGGUCUCUCCCUUCCCCUGAUGUCCUGGAUGCCAGGCUGACUUCAGGGGCAGACACAACACUAGGCCCGACCCACACAGAUGGACUGAAACUCCUCUAGGGGUCCUCAUCUUGGGGGAUUAGGGCCCUGUUCUUAUAGGGGGCUGGCCCUCUAGGAGGGCUGGCCCUAAAAUACAGACCCCUGCAACCCAAAGGGGGGAGGAGAUAUUUAUUUUGGGGAGAACUUUAGAGUGGAGGGAGAAUUUAUUAAUAAAAGAAUCUUUAACUUUAAA